ACGACGUCAGCUUCUCACUAUAGUAUAAAAGUACGGAGGUGGCCGGACCUCAGCAGACUGCAAGCGCUUCACUGAGAGCUUCUUCUACUCUAAAGGAGCCUCAGACGAUAGAGACUACCAGCAAAGACAUUAAGAGAGACAAACGGCUAAGAGAGGGAAUACUUAAGGACUCCUCCGAAGACAGACAUUUCCUUAAACCAAGAGCAGGAUUCCUUUUGAACGCGCACAAUAAAUUUAUCCAAGAUGCUGAUGCUUACUGUUGUCGUUGCCUUCCUCGGAAGCUUUAACCUGGUCCUCUCGUCCUCCUAUUCCUCCGCCUCCUGCCCCUCCGUGUGUGACUGCCCUCGGGAGAUGCCCCAGUGCGCACCCGGCGUGAGUGUCGUCCUGGAUGGCUGCGCCUGCUGCAAAGUUUGCGCCAGGCAGCUGAACGAGGACUGUAGUCUGACCGAGCCCUGUGACCACACUAAAGGACUGGAGUGUAACUUUGGGGCCAGUUUUGCUGCUGCUACUACUCGUGGCAUCUGCCGAGCCAAGUCAGAGGGCAGACCAUGUGAGUACAACAGCAGGAUCUACCAGAAUGGAGAGAGCUUCCAGCCCAACUGCAAACACCAGUGCACAUGCAUUGAUGGGGCAGUUGGAUGCGUACCGCUGUGCCCGCAGGAGCUCUCUCUUCCCAACUUGGGCUGUGCCAACCCCAGGCUGGUCAAGGUAGCAGGCCAGUGCUGUGAAGAGUGGGUGUGUGAUGACAGCAAAGAGACAGACAUCAUGGAGAAGAUCUUUGGGAAAGACUUGGUCAUGAAGGAUUUGGAAGAUGAUCUCACCAACAGGAAUGAGCUCAUUUCAAUUGUCAAGGGAGGACUGAAGACCCUAUCAGCAUACAGACCACAGCCGGAAGUCCACCACAUGUUCGAGAGCCAGAAGUGCAUCGUUCAAACCACACCCUGGUCCCAGUGCUCCAAGAGCUGUGGAACUGGCAUCUCCACCCGAGUCACCAACAACAACAGUGAAUGCAAGCUGGUCAGAGAGUCGAGAAUCUGUGAAGUGCGGCCAUGCACCCAGUCACCUUACUCCAGUCUGAAGAAGGGAAAGAGGUGCAGCAGAACUAAGAGAUCGAGCCAGCCGGUGAAGUUCACCUAUGCCGGCUGCUCCAGCCUGAAGAAGUACAGACCCAGGUACUGCGGAACCUGCGUGGACAGCCGCUGCUGCAGCCCCCACGACACCAGAACCAUCCGCGUCAAGUUCCACUGCGAAGACGGCGAGACCUUCUACAAGAACAUCAUGAUGAUCGAGUCCUGCAAGUGCACCUACAACUGUCCCCAUGCCAACGAAGCCUCCUAUCCCUUCUACCGCCUCUCCAACGACAUCCACAAGUUCAGAGACUGAUUGGUGAGGAGCAGCCAAACCCCUCAGCAAGAGAAAGCGAUCAUCAUCAGCAGCAGCAGCAGCAGCAGCAGCAUCAUUGGCAGCCAAUGGCAGUCUAGAUGAAAGCAGGGGUGUAAAUAGACCACCAAUCAACUACCAGCUUCUUGUUGUAACGAGAUUCCCAAGGAAUUGUUGCCUUACAUCAUGAGGACUUAAUGAAGUGCACUGUUUGCUGUGACUCAGCAUGCCUAAUAUGAACUGCUUCGUAUUAAUUGGAGCAUUUGAAGUAGCUUCGUUAAGGAGCAAGAUGUAAUUAAUAUUUGUACAUUAAUCUUAGUCGCUGAUAUCGAUUCACUGUGUAUAUUUUGAUCCCGUACAUCAGACAUGACCCAGACUGUAGACUUGUGUGUGUAUAUGUAGAUAUGCACAUGCGCAACUUCAAUUAGCAUUAUCAUGUUGUAUCUUUGUUUUUUUUUAGAGAAAGAAAAAAAGACACCAGACGAUGAAAUGUAACCUCUCCGCUUGUUUAACAGGUGCGGGGUUUCAUUCCUUCCUGACGUGGGCAUUACUGUUCAUGUUUUGUGGCAGCUAUUGACCUCCCUUCAUGAAAAAAGAAAGAAAAAAAGACAAAGCGAAACAUGUCAAAGGAUGAAUGAAUGUUUUUUUUAUUAUUAUUAUUGUUAUUAAUAUUAUUUAUCAAAAAAAUAAUGUAGCUACUUUAUUUGGAUAUUAUGUGUCAUACUGGAAUAAAUUGUAAAAUGAUUUAAUUUUAUAUGCUACAAUAAAACUGAUUUAUUUAUAUGAAA